AUCAGGCGACACGUAGCGUCAGCGGUCGGAGGGGCGUUUCGAGGGGGUGUCUGGGCGUUUCGGAGGCGUGCCCGGUGUGGACGGGGCGUGCCGUAGGUGUGAAGGGACGUGUCGGGGGUGUGUCCGUGAGCCUGAGUGGAAUUUUCCGAGUGAGCGGCACAUAUACCGGGAGUGCGCGCGCGCGGAGCCGGCUGUGACAGACCCGAGAGCCUCCGUGGUUUGUGUUUCUCUGCGUUUCACCCUCAGUGAGCUAUUCGCGCGGACUCGGUGUGUGUCCACUGUCACGCAGGACGUGUUCUCGCGCAGUUCUCCUCCUCCUUCUCCGUGUCCCCCGCUUCCUGUUCCCCCGGAGCCCCGCGGCCCCCGUAAUGGCCAAUUACAUUCACGUACCGCCCGGAGCCCCCGAGGUGCCCCGAUUGGACUUUACCGUGCUGGAGAGCGGGUACCGGGAGGGAGCGCUCAAUCUGCUCAAGAAGCUCAGACCCGACUGGAGGCCCGAGGAGGUCACCACCCAGGUUUUUACGGACGGGAUCACCAAUAAGCUGGUCGGCUGCUACGUCGGCGACAGGAUGGAGGAUGUUGUCCUGGUGAGAAUCUACGGCAAUAAAACCGAGCUGCUGGUCGAUCGGGACGAGGAGCUGAAGAGUUUCCGGGUGCUUCAGUCCCACGGCUGCGCCCCGCAGCUCUACUGCACCUUUAAUAACGGCCUCUGCUACGAGUUCAUGCAGGGAGCGGCGCUCGAUCCCCAACACGUGUGUAACCCCACCAUUUACAGACUCAUCGCACGCCGGCUCGCCAAAAUCCACGCCAUCCAUGCCCACAACGGCUGGAUCCCCAAGUCCAACCUGUGGUUAAAGAUGAAGAAGUACUUCUCUCUCAUUCCAACGGAGUUUGAGGACCAGACCGUGAAUGAGAGGUUCUUGCGUGAGGUCCCCGGCCCCGACGUCCUCCAAGCAGAGAUGUCCUGGCAGAAGAAAGUACUCUCGAGCCUGGGGUCCCCCGUAGUGCUUUGUCACAACGACCUGCUGUGUAAGAACAUCAUCUACAAUGAGAAGCGAGGAGAGGUGCAGUUCAUAGAUUAUGAAUAUUCCGGGUACAACUACCAGGCGUAUGAUAUCGGGAACCACUUUAACGAGUUCGCAGGAGUGAAUGAAGUGGAUUACAGUUUGUAUCCGGAGCGGAAGCUGCAGCUUCUCUGGCUGAGAUCGUAUCUGGAAUCCUAUAAAGAGUUUAAAGGGUUCAGCGCCGACGUCUCCGAUAAGGAAGUAGAGAUACUCUACGUGCAAGUGAAUCAGUUUGCGCUGGCUUCUCACUUCUUCUGGGGAUUGUGGGCUUUGAUUCAAGCAAAAUAUUCCAAGAUUGACUUUGAUUUCCUUGGCUACGCGAUCGUCAGACUCGACCAAUAUUUCAAAAUGAAGCCGGAGGUGACCUCGCUGACCCUUCCCGAGUAAGAAGAAAUUGGACGUUUCUUCAUCAAAUCGUUAUUUUCUUUUCUUCAGAAGACCGUUUCGGGAACAUGUUUUGUUUUGUCUUCUUCUGGAGGGCCGAGGCCCCUUGGCGUCAGAGCGAUGUGCCUGUGCCUUUUAUUGGCACCCAAAAGGUUAAAUGCCUUGAAAUUGAAA